GACGCAAGCAUCCCAGUGGCUGGAGUUGGAGGACACUCGCCCGUUUUGCUUUCACCGCUGCUCUGAUCCCCCCCGUCUUUCUCUCCUUGCUGUCAUAACACGCAGGAAAAGAAAACUCCUUUUUUGAAAAAAAAAAAAAAAAAAAAAAAGAAGAAGAAGAAGAAGAGGAAGAAGAAGAAGAUACUUGAUCGUACAUCAAGGCAGACUGUGGCAGAAUUGGGGUCGGACACUUUUGGAGGUGGAAUAUUUCUCGCAUGAGGCGAGCUGGAUCUCUCCUGCACAGCGGAGCGCGCACAGCCCCGGUGUUUUUCAAUGGAUUUCAAUACAGUGGAAGUACCCUGGGAAUUAAACUACUGUUAAGUCGCUGUUGAAUCGCAAAUUUAGUUCCAACAAGGCUUUAUGUCUCACAUGGACAGAAAGACGAUGAUCCUCGCAGCUCUGUAUGUCGUUCUGCCGCUUUUAGAUGUGUUGUCUUAUGCCGAGGAGAACCUGCUGCCUGGGUCCAACCGGGUGGACUGUGUGAAGGCCAGUGAACAGUGCCUGAAAGAGCAGGCGUGCAGCACCAAGUACCGGACCAUGAGGCAGUGCGUGGCCGGGGGCAAGGAGAGCAACUUCAGCAUGGUGGCCGGCCUGGAGGCCAAGGACGAGUGCCGGAGCGCCAUGGACGCGCUCAAACAGAGUCCCCUGUACAACUGCCGGUGUAAAAGGGGCAUGAAGAAAGAGAAGAACUGUCUGCGCAUAUACUGGGGGAUCUAUCAGACAUUACAAGGUAAUGAUUUCUUGGAGGACUCUCCAUAUGAGCCUGUGAACAGCCGUCUAUCUGAUAUCUUCCGCCUGGCUCCAAUCAUAGAGGGAGGGGAACCUUGGAGCGGCUCCGCGACUUCGGCUCCAGGCAGGGGGGGCGCCCAGGGCAGGGUAUCCCAGGGCAGAGAGCCUGUUCUGGGUAGAGACACCCUGGGCAGAGGGAGUCCCUCCUCCACGGAACUUCAGGAUCCCAGUAGAAACAGGAGGGCUCAUCCCAAUUGGGCCAUAUUGGGUGAGCCCGCCGUGACCAGGGAGAACAACUGCCUGAACGCCGCCAAGGCCUGCAACCUGAACGACACGUGCAAGAAGUACCGCUCGGCCUACAUCAGCCCGUGCACCAGCCGCGUCUCCACCGCCGAAGUCUGCAACAAGAGGAAGUGCCACAAGGCCCUCCGGCAGUUCUUUGACAAGGUCCCUCCGAAGCACAGCUACGGCAUGCUCUUCUGCUCGUGUCCGCCCAGCGACCAAUCAGCUUGCUCCGAGCGCAGGCGUCAGACCAUCGUCCCCGUGUGCUCCUAUGAGGAGAAACAGAAACCCAACUGUCUGGAGCUGCAGGCCUCCUGCAAGACCAACUACAUCUGCAGGUCACGUCUGGCAGACUUCUUUGCCAACUGUCAGCCGGAGCCUCGCUCGCAGUCAGGCUGUCUGAAGGAGAACUAUGCAGACUGCCUCCUCGCAUACUCGGGUCUUAUUGGCACAGUGAUGACCCCCAACUACCUGCGCUCACCUAAGAUCAGCGUCUCUCCCUACUGUGACUGCAGCAGCAGCGGGAACAACAAGGAUGAGUGCGACAAGUUCACCGAGUUUUUCACAGAAAACACCUGCCUCCGUAAAGCCAUCCAGGCGUUUGGGAACGGAACAGAUGUGGGGGUGUGGCAGCCGAUGCCGCCUGUCCAGACCACCACCUCAACCACCACCCCCUACCAGAGGAACCGUGAGCGCAAUCCCAACACCUUAGACAACCACAUCAACACAGACCCUGGCAUCUAUCACUUCUGCGGCAGUCUACAGGCCCAGAAAUUGAAGUCAAACUCCACUGUUGACGGCGUCUUCUGUGUGGAUCCUCAGAUAGAUGGUCCAAGCACAUCCAACGCCAUCCCAAGAAACGCAGCUGUCCCCAGAUGGCCUCCAGGCCUGGCGUCUCUGCUGCCCCCGCUGCUCUGGCUGUGGUACUGCAACCUGCCAGUGCUCUCCUCGGCAGCCAAUUUGUAGCCUAGCCGCUUCACAGCAACACCAACGGACUGACAAAACAUAUUUGUAUGAAACAAAAAAGCAAAAUAAGAAAUUAUAUCCUCUCUUCCCACUAAUACCUGUUGUAUUUUUAUUUCCUUCUCUAUUUUAUCUCUCCCUUGAUUCGUACCUUUUUUUUAAAUUAAUUUUGGAGAUUUUUUUCUUUUUUCUUUUUGCAUUACAGCUGUGCGCUAAAGCAGUGAUCUACUGUAAGUGUUAACUCAGUUUGGCUCUGUGUUCCCUUUGGGCUUGUUGAAAAAAAAGGGAUAUAAAGCUUCUGCGUUGCUCACUGGGAAGCAGUGAGAACAUACUGUAGGACUACAUUCCAAUAAACCUUUUCGGGCUUUUUUGGAAGGGGACACACAAUGUAAAAAAUAACAACAAUCGGACAGCCAUCGUUCAAUUUCCAUCCAUGUCUGUUUGUGUGUUGAGGCUAGGUGGGAUCUUUAGCUUAACAGUCACAGCCAGUUCAGUAACAGCUACAUUUGUUCACUUGGGCAGCCUUUUAGGUGUUAUUCAGCCUCAUCCGUGGUGUGUGCUUGUUUUCAUAAAUGGUGUGAUCUGUUAUUCCACAGUUUUUGAAUUGAGUAAAGGGUUAACACAUUGAGAUGAUGCUUGGCGGUUUGACAAAAACUGCCACUUAAAGUUCUGGGUAUUUAAACCGACUCGAUCUUGGCUGACAUUGUAACACCGAUAACCAAUAACUUCUAACAGAUGUGCCCAAACUAUUCUAGUGUAGCUCAGACUGAAGCGCCCGGCGCCACUGGCAAAAGCACACAGGCAAAGACCCACACCCAUAUACUGCACAGGUUCACACACUCAGAUAAACUCACAAAACACACACCGCUCAACACCCUUUCUAUGCCAACGGAGAAAUAGAUCACAGUGCAGUACAUGCUGCAGUGGAUCGCUGAAUCCACUCAACUCAUUAGUGAUUGUACAUACUUGUAACUGUUAGAAGUCUAAGAAAUGUUCAGUGUUUCUCUAUGAAAGACGAGUCAGGGUAGGGAGGAGAACAGUGAUCGACCCGGCGGUUUCACCUGAAUGGCUUUAGGAGCUGAUGCACUUGAGCUGAACCGAGCACUGCCCUGCGGUGUGUGAUCCAGGCUGACAAGAGCUGAGGAUAAUGUAGGCUUAUUAUUGUACUGUAUAUUCAACUAUUUUCCUGUGUUCACGGCGAUUCACUCACCGUCGCUCCGCGCUCGAAGCAUCCCUCCCAUGAGUUCAGUGUGUGUUCAAUGACGUGUCGCCUCAAUCGUGAAGCUGUCAAAAAGUGUCGGGGCCACCACUUCGAGUUGUUUUGAACCAAGAGUCCUGCAAAACGCGUGACGUGAAUUCUGCACUGUAUGUAAAUUGUUCAAGCAUUUUGUAUGUCUACUCCAAGGACUGCUGGGAAAAAAAAAAAAAAGAAAAGAAAAGAAAAGAAAAAAAUGCAGCAUGGUAUCACGGUCACGUUCAGUUCUCAUGCUUAGACUUGCGUCUGUUCUCAGUCACUUUGAGAAGGAAGAGCAUACGGUACGGAAACUUUUUAUUUCGAUGGACUUCCCAGUCACACAUGAUCACGACGCGCACAUCAUCAUCAUCAUCAUCAUCACGUGGCAUGCUCAGCGAAUUACUUUAGCCAUUUGGACAUAAAACAGAGGCAUUUAUGACAUGCUGCUUGGGUUUGUGUAGCUUCUCAAAACAUGAUUAAUGUAUAGUAGAACUUAAAUGUUAUUUACUGAGCAUAAACAUGGUAUAUGCACUGUAUGUACUUGGCUGAAAGUAUAAUUGGACAAAUAAAUGUCUGAUGAUAUUCUAUUCCAGAGCAUUGUGAGCUAUUUUGACAUUCAGAUACAACAUAGAGUACAUUGAAUAAGCCAGACUAUUGUUUUUUAUAACAACCUAUAUGUAUAUUUCUCCCAGUAUGUACAUGAUUAUGGAAUACUAUUGCAUCUGAGAAAGAGGAUAUCAAUGUAACUGUCCUAUAGUACUAAAAUACUGUAUUUCCUAAACAUAUUGAUUUUGUAUCAUAGCCCCAUUUAUGACGUUGCUUAAAUCUGAUUCUUUUCUUGGGUAAGAUACCGACUUAUUUUUUUAUCUUUUAGUAUUUUUGCUGAUUUGAACUCACUUAUCCUGCGCACAGAAAGAUAGAGUUUAGAUGAGAUGAUUAUUUUUGGUUUGCCACUGAAAAAUUAUAGUGGAGGUAAUAACUAGUGGACGGUCAACAACAAAAAAAAAAUGUUAUUGCAUGGUGGGUGAUAAAGAACGCAAUAAAACAAUGGGGAAAGACACAAUUAUUGUGUGAAUACCAUUUAAAGGCUUUUUAAUGGUAUAACGCAUCUGACCACUGGUGUCAGAGGUGGGAUUGCUAAUAUAUUCUCUACAGACAGAGAGUGUGGGGAUAAUAGGUGCUGUUUUAACGGAGGGCUACAGAGAAAUGGUAUGGGUUGCUGAGCGAUAAAAAGUGGGAAUGAUUAACGGGAUCCUUGAAUGUUUGGAGGCCCAAUAACAUUUCUCAGACGUGUCUUAUGUAUGUUAAUUUUAUAUUUACGAUCCAGUGUCAUAUCUGCCCGUGCCAUCAGGGAGCAAAAGAUAACUCGUGUAAUUUUGUGGAGGCGGUUCAAUACCGCACCUCUCCUUAAAAGGAGUUCCUCUGUGCACGGUGGCGGUCGCACAACACAUUGGCCUCAGCUGGGGUUCAGUCCCACACGUGUGAUGUAGGGAUACCACGCUUGGACAAAAAGAUAAAGACAAUGAGUAUUUUUGCCGUCCAUCUCCAUCCCAUUUGUUGUUUACACGAGAAAUGGCUUUUUUGGAGAUGCAGACUCCCUCAGCUAUCCAGUGUCAUUAACUUCUUAGCUUGUGAAAAUG